AUGCCUGCUCGUGCGGUCAUCUCCUCAUUCCCUAUGAAUAGCAACCGCGGGCGCGCAAUACUGGUCUCCCCACCAUGGGAGGCGUCUGACGCAACUACAGACACGUCCGAAGACGAGGACACCGAAGACAGCGAUGGGGGUCGGAUUGUACUAGGCCACGCGUUCAGGAUGCCCGUGACGCUUGAUAGCGGAGGCACGGAGGCAGGAAUCAGAGGUGGAGUAGCCCGAGCUAAUACGCUGUCCAGGCCUUCGCCUGCUCGCUCCAACGUCAUUGUACGCGAAGCACAGACAUUUCAACAGCUACGUGUAGAGGUGGAAAGACUUGCCAAUGGCGUGUAA